AUGCAAGACUCAAUCAAGGUUCUACAAUCGCUGCUCCGGGAUCAUACCCGGAGUCUUAGUUCCCUAUCAUAUCGGUCAGGACUCACGCUCUCUGGGUAUUCCGGAGAGCCGAUCAAGAUCCCGCAGUCUCAUCCCAGAAAGCAUGACGGAUGUCAACACAGCAGACGGAAACUUGCCCCGAAUGCGCUUUCAACAGUCUCUGGAAAUCCUGCCAGAACCAGCCACCAGAUCCCAGAUGUCAGAUGCCAACGCAAGGAUACAAAUGGGGGAGGGCUGAAGCGCUGCAGAGAACUCGUCCAAUACCUACCUGGCUUGGAACCCGAGGUCUAUCGCGUUCUUGAAGCUACGACCGCUGUUACUCCUAUAUCAAAGGCACAUUCGCCACAAAAACUUUACUCUUCCUCAUUUUACUCUAGAACCAACAUCUUGACGAUACAGCCUCACAUCAGAAACAACAUGGAAGUCCAAACUCUUGAGCUGACAGCCGAGGAAAGUUUGGAAGGGCAACGGGGAUGGGUAGCGAAUCUCUACGUCGAUAAUAGCACGACAAACAUAGAGAAACUUGAGCUUCUCUAUCAACGUCACCUCACUGAUACGUUCUUGGAAGUCCGGAAGUGCAUCAGAGAACGGGGACUCGUGCGGCCUGCAUCUCUUGGUCCUCCUCCCCAAGCUACUCCUUCGAAGGAUGGCUGGCAAGUGGUCUCCGCUCCCCGUGCGUCUCCUACGCCGAGCUCCAUCUCGUACACACCCAGCGACCCGAACAUCGUCUCGCUCUACGCCAAUCGUCCACUUCCUCCCUUACCGGCGCCCAAGCCAAAACCGAAGCCGAAGGCAGACACGAAGCCCAGAGUCCUCACAGCACAGAGCUCAGACUGUAAUCGUGUCUGCCACCACGACUUCAAACUAUCAGAGGUACACGAUUUCGAGACGAUACUUUCGUCAGUGCCGAUCGGACCGGCUCAGAGGGAAGUCUUUGUUGAAGUCUACCAGGGUCACGCGCAGGUCGCUGUGGGGUUGGAGGCCGAGCAGUCGACAUCUAUCAGCUGUGACGAGGGUGUUGAUCUGGGCGUGGGUGUGCUGCCGGUUUGCAAGCGGGCUGGUGACUGGAGGGAGGGGGCGAGGAGGCACAGAGUGGGAGUGAGGGUUGCCAAGAGGGUUGGCCCGGGGAGGAAAUUCGGGAAGGGAGCGGGUGGGCGGGUUUCAUCGUGUGCUGAAUAA